AUGAAUGAACCUUCAAGAACUGAAAGGCCUGAUUCAGAGAAUGUUUCAGCAAAAAAUCAGAUAAUCGUUAUUCAUGAAAGUCAGACGCUUGAUGGAAGGUUUCCAAAAACAGAAUUGCUCGAAGAGGCUUUUGAAUUAACAACCCUAGAUAUAUCUGAGGAUCACCUGGUCCAAUUUCUAUCAGAUAACAACCUUCCUAACAGUCUUUCUGAGUAUUAUGAUGAUGAUGUACUUCAAGAUCCUUCCAACUUGAUUGCUGAUAGCUCAUGUGAACAUUCAUCUGAACCAACUCCUGCAGCAGCAAAUUCUCCUAGUGAGCCCCUGGCUUAUUCAGGACGUUCAACCCCUUAUUCACGUCUAAAUAUGAAUGAACCUGCAAGCACUUCUGAAAGACAUGAUUCAGAGAAUGAUUUAGCGAAGAAUCAAAUAACUGUUAUUCAUGAAAGUUUGCAUACACUUGAUGGAAGGUUUCCAAAAGCAGAAAUGCUUGAAGAGGCUUGUGAAAUAACAACCCUAGAUAUAUCUGAGGAUCACCUGGUCCAAUUUCUAUCAGAUAACAACCUUCCUAACAGUCUUUCUGAGUAUUAUGACGAUGUACUUCAAGAUCCUUCCAACUUGAUUGCUGAUAGCUCAUGUGAACAUUCAUCUGAACCAACUCCUGCAGCAGCAAAUUCUCCCAGUGAGCCCCUGGCUUAUUCAGGACGUUCAACCCCUUAUUCACGUCUAAAUAUGAAUGAACCUGCAAGCACUUCUGAAAGACAUGAUUCAGAGAAUGAUUUAGCGAAGAAUCAAAUAACUGUUAUUCAUGAAAGUUUGCAGACACUUGAUGGAAGGUUUCCAAAAGCAGAAAUGCUUGAAGAGGCUUGUGAAAUAACAACCCUAGAUCUUUCUGAGGAUCACCUGUUUCAAUUUCUAGCAGACAACAACCUUCCUAACAGUCUUUCUGAGUAUUAUGACGAUGUACUUCAAGAUCCUUCCAACUUGAUUGCUGAGAGGUCAUCAAGACAUUCACCUGCACUCCUAGCCCAGGACGAAGAGCUGAAAGCAUUACGGGAGAAAAUCGACCUUAAAGUGAAAUUCUUUAACAAUAAUAAAGGAAGUUUCUCGAUUAAAAGAAUCGAUGAAAUGUUGGAAGAAAUUAAACACCUUAAGGAAGUGGUAAAACGUGAAGAGAAUUCCAAGGUCGGACCGGAAGUAAACCGGAAUCUUCUAGGAUUCGAAACAGCGACCAGCAAUCGCCUAUUAGUUCAUUGUAAAGGAGAACAUUUUCUCUCUGUAGCUCCUAAAUUCGAGGAAUCAACGGCCGAAUUCUUGAAUGUUGUUAGAGCGGAUCAUACCAAGCCAAGGAAGUCGGAUAUUGGAAAUGCUGUUGUAAACAAUUCAGCAAUAUCUACUGCCCUAAGCAACCUCCAUAGUGAACUAAAAAGUCGCCCUAAAGAAACUGAUUCGGAGGUCUCACCAUCAAGCCUUACUGUGAAUCUCCUAUCGCAUCAGGAGCGUGCGCUUAAAUGGAUGUUGUGGCGGGAAUCAAGCGCUCACGUUGCUGGUGGAAUACUUGCAGAUGAUAUGGGUUUGGGAAAAACGCUUUCCAUGAUAGCCUUGAUCGUACGUCAAAAAGAGUUGAAUCAGUUUUCUGGUGUAACUUUGGUUGUCUGUCCUAAAGUUGUCGUAGAUCAAUGGAAAACCGAAGUAGAGAGGUUCUCGUUCUUACGUGUGUUGGUUAUUCGCGGCACGAAUCGAAAAGAAGUGAAUGUGUCUGAGCUAAAGAAAUUUGACAUUGUGAUAACCUCGUACAAGAUCCUUCUUUGGGAAAUAUUUUUGGACGCUAAGGCUGAACGCGAUAAUGCUGUUACUGAUUCUUCAGUUUUUUUGAAAUUAAAAUUUGCUCGGAUCGUUCUAGACGAAGGGCACAAGAUUCGAAACCAUAAAACUGAAACAGCGGAAGCUGUUUUCAAGCUGGAGGCUUCCUGCCGAUGGGUUCUCAGCGGAACACCGAUUCAAAAUACUGAAAUGGAUCUAUUUUCCCUAUUUAAAUUUCUUCGUGUCUCGCCUUUUGAUCAGUUGGAAAUCUGGAAAAUAUGGAUCGAUUCGACUCCUUCAACUAUUAAGGGCAAGAACGAGAAAAACAGUCAGGAAUGUCGUGAAAAUUUGUUGCUCCUCGUCAAAACGUUCCUACUGCGUCGCACUAAAUACCAAAAGGUUGCUGGUACCGAGACACCAAUCGUCAUCUUGCCAUCUCGAGAGGUCCACACACAUUUGGUUCAUCUAUCAUCAGAAGAAAGCGAUCUGUACCAGAACCUUUUUUCCUAUUCCCGUAGGCAACUUGAACAGUACAUCUACUUCCAAGAAACCAAAGAGGGACGAAAGAAUAUUACAGAAUUCCGUGAAAAAAAAAUUACCAAGCAUGUGAUCUUAAUCCUGCUCUUGCGUCUAAGGCAAGCCUGUUCCCACCCUGCCUUAAUUUCAACAAUGCUAGAUGAUGACUCAGUUGGGGGUAAAGAUAGCCUGGACUUCCCUUUUACCCCGUCUAAUCCCAUAUUUGAUCGGCUGACCAUGAGCAGCAAAAUGAAACUCAUCCUUGAAAAAGUCCAAGAAGUUGUUCGCAAGCAGGAAAAAUCGCUAGUUAUUUCUCAGUGGGUUACCAUGUUAGAAAUAAUUGCGGGUCACCUGCAUGUGUUAAAAAUCCGGAGUCGGUCGAUUACUGGUCAAGUGAAGGACAGGGAAAGGUCCGUAAUCAUCAAAGAGUACAACGAAGAUUUAUCUGGACCACCGGUUUUGCUGCUUUCACUGUGUGCUGGUGGAGAGGGUCUAAACUUAAUCGGUGGGAAUCACGUCUUCCUAACGGAUCUGCAUUGGAAUCCACAUUUGGAAGCACAGGCAUGCGACCGUGUCUACCGUGUCGCCCAAAAAAAGAAUGUUCACGUUCAUCGUUUUAUUGCUAAGGAAACCAUAGAAGAAAAAAUAUUCUCUAUGCAGAAGAGCAAGUUGAGCACAGCUAGUAGUCUCCUGUCUUCUGGCAUUUCAGUUUUGGAUGUUGACAAGGAAUUGAAUUUGUCGGAACUGAAAGACAUUUUCAACAUCGAGUCUUCCCAAUCCUAA